CCAGUAUCAACGCAUUCUUCAUGGGAACGAUGAUUCUUCGGUGCUCGGGAACUGAUCACCCGGCUGCAUUUGAAGCAUGCGGGGGCGUCGCUAUUCCCGCGGACUGCGUGGGCGGCAUCCGCCCCCGCAUACCUCAAAUACAGCCGAAACGGCAGGCCAUGCAUCUAGCACUCAUCCAUAUUUACGAAUUGACAUUCAUCGCAUUGCCAAGACACUCAUAAUAUGGCAUCCAUCAACGGAGCUGAAGUUGCAAAACACAACAACAAGGAAAGCUGCUGGAUAGUGGUAGAUUCGAAUGUAUACGAUGUUACGAGCUUCUUGUCUGAGCACCCAGGAGGUGCAGCUAUCAUAUUGAAGAAUGCUGGAACUGAUGCGUCCAGAGAAUUCAAAAUGUAUCAUCCGCUGGACUAUCUGAGGGAUAAUCUGUCAUCUAACUCGUUGCUUGGACCAGUCGACCCUGACACCUUCGGACAACUCAGACAGCCUAAGGAAGAGAAAGCAGCGUUGGGCGAAGAUUUAGAUAGUUCCAAGGAGAUACCACACGUCACAUUAUGUGUGUCGACUCCGGAUUUCGAAAACGCAGCAAAAGCUGUUCUGCCACAUAAAUCCUACAUAUACGCCUCGGGAUCCGCGAAUACUGGCGCAUCGUUGCAGGGCAACCUGGACGACUGGGGUCGCAUUAACUUUCGUCCGCGUGUGAUGCGCAAUGUGGGCGAUGUUGAUACGAGGCGUAAGAUGUUUGGCUACAGCUCACCGCAUCCAUUCUACAUCUCACCUAUGGGAACCAUGGGAGCUAUGCACCCCGGUGCAGAACCAGAGAUGAUUCGAGGAGCAAUUAGAAAAGGUACGCACGUGGUGGUCAGCACCUCAAGCACGAAGAGCAGCGAGCAGAUUAUGCAAUGCUAUAUCGACGAACAAGAGCGGCUGAGAAAUGAAAGUCCGACGACGUUAUUCUACCAAUACUAUAUGCCUGUUGAUCGCACAAAAGCGAUCGAACUGAUGCAACUGGUCAAGAAGUGUGGGUACAAGGGUCUAUGGAUCACCGUCGAUACUCCGGUUCUAGGAAAGAGGACAAAGGAUCGGUAUCUGCAAGCCGAAGAAGCCUUAGCUGUUGGACUAGGAGAGGAAACUACCGCUGAAUGGGAGACUGGUAGCGACAAUGCGUUUGCGCCUGCAAUGGGUGGACGGCCUGUGCAAGGACAACUCAGUCCGCAUACUACUUGGGAUGAUCUGGAAUGGAUACGCAACGAGUGGGACGGGCCGAUCGUCUUGAAGGGUAUCCAGUGCGCCGAGGAUGCGAAACUUGCGAUGGAAUACGGAUGUAAUGGCAUUCUUCUCAGCAACCAUGGUGGGAGGCAGCUACACACUGCGCCCAGUGCGCUCAUGACUCUUCUCGAGAUUCGGACGUAUUCGCCAGAGGUGCUAGGCAAGCUCGAGAUCUACCUCGAUGGAGGGUUGAGAGACGGGAACGACAUCCUAAAAGCACUGUGUCUGGGCGCUACAGCAGUUGGCGUGGGUCGACCGUUCCUGUACGCGCUUGCGGCGUAUGGGACCAAGGGUGUUGAGCGAUGUGUAGAUGUGCUUGCGGAAGAACUCCAAACGGGCAUGCGGCUGUUGGGUAUCACGUCACUGGAUCAGUGCAGACCUGAGAUGGUAAACGCGAGUCGAGUGUUGAACGAGAUGUGGCGGCCAGAGCAGUUGAGUAUCAAGAGUCGGUUGUGAUACUACCCGUAUAUAGCACAGUAUAGCUCCUGUAUUUGUCAUUACAAUGUACCGCUCAAGUCUCCGCCACAGCUAAAGCAUGUCGUCGGCUGCUGCAAAAUACGUAGAGUCGUCCACUCUAGACAGGAUUUUCAAGGCUGGAAGAUAGUGUUCAUAAAAUCC